GACAUCUCCCAUCAUCACUCACCUCUUAAUUUAUUCCAUUUACCACCAAAUUUUUAAUUUAACUAAUUUUUACUGUAGUGUUACACAUGUGAGAGCAAAGAAAGCUAGAGAAAUUACUGUUGUGGGAUGCUUUUCUUGGUGGCCUUAUAUAAAUAUGGUAGAGUGGUACUAGUAGUGGAGCUUCUUCACUAACAAUUAUGACUUCUCUUCUCUUCAUUGAAUGAAGAAGAGCCUCUCUACAUCAAGAGAACACAUAUUCUAGUGAGACAAAGAGAGAGAGAGAGAGAUAUUCUCUUCCAUUAACAUUCUUACUUACACAUGUUAUAAUAAGAAGAGGAAGGAGAAGUAUCCACAGGACUAGACAUGGGUGGAUGCACAAGCAAGCAAGAGAGAAGAAGCAUGAGACGUGUCAAGGAGACUUCGACUGAAAAAAGCAGAGGAAGAAGACACAUGAGAAGAGAGAUGGAUGAGAGAGAGAGAGUGAUGUUUAAUCAACUUAGAGAGGCGGAGAGGGAGUGGAGGAAAGAGAGGAAGAAGCUUAGAGAGGAAGUGAAGAGGCUAAGGAAGAAAGUGGAGGAGAGAGAGGAAGCAAAGACAACGACAACAGAGGAGAGAGAGUACUGGAAGUGGGUUGUUGAGGAGAUGUGUGUGGAGAGAGCAGUGAGAGAUGAAGCCGUUGAGAAAUGGAAACAACUCUAUUUAGCUAUCAAGAAUGAGCUUGAUCAUCUCAUCAUCCACACAACUUCUUCCUCUGGAGAGGCAAUAAUGCAAAGGAAACUUGAGCAAGAAGAAGAAGAAGUAAUUAAGACAGUGGAAGAAUUGAGAGAUGAAGUUAGAGUUAAGGAAGAUACAAUUGAGGCACUAAAGGAGAAAAUAGCUUUGAUGGAUAGACAAAAGUAUGAGAAGGAAAGACAAAUUGAUUUACUGAGACAGAGUCUAAGGAUUCUCGGAAGCAAGAAGAAUAAGAAGAAGAAAGGAACAUCGUUUGCAUCAAUGAAUCUGCUGAUUUUGAAGACCAAAUGUGUGGAAUGUACAUAAACACUUAUAGUCAAAUAUUCUUCUGCAACAAUGAUGAUAUCUCACUCAUCAAAGAAUCUUUGAUCCACAAUGUCAUAUCAUUUCUCUUUUUUGUUUGUUUACCUUUUUUUAUAUUGGAAAUAUCAAACUAUAGCACUAUGAUUUAAAAAAUAGCACAUAACGACACAAAAAGAUGAUCAUAAAUAAUUUAUUUUGUUUAUGUAAGAUACUCACU